ACACGCUAAUCAAGCUAGCCUAGCUGACCUGGUCGGUGUGUCUGUACCGAGGGUAUUACCACCCGCUGUACUGCAGUAACAGUAUAUAUUGCCUGUGGUAUCAGCUGGUGGACAUUUCUCACUGGAGACACACUUGGUGCAGCGGGGACCAGCGUGUCGUGUGAUGGCAGAGACCCGGAGGUCAGAGGAGCGGCGGGCUGUCAUCGAUCGUGUCCAUCGUGUCCCACCAACGACGCUUUGACAGCCGCCUGUUGAGACCCCCAGCGCCGAUCGACUACUAUUGUAAUCAUGCCUGGGAAACUGAAAGCCAAGAUCGUGGCAGGACGUCACUUGCCUGUGAUGGACCGAGCCAGUGAUCUUACUGAUGCUUUUGUAGAAGUUAAGUUCGGCAACACAACGUUCAAAACAGAUGUAUGUCCAAAAUCCCUCAACCCACAGUGGAACUCGGAAUGGUUCAAAUUUGAGGUGGAUGAUGAGGACUUGCAGGAUGAGCCAUUGCAGAUCACAGUGUUGGACCAUGACACAUACAGUGCUAAUGAUGCCAUAGGGAAAGUUUACAUUGACAUUGACCCGCUCCUGUGCAAUGAGGCCGCCUCUGUCAUCUCUGGCUGGUUUCCCAUCUAUGACACCAUCCACGGAAUUCGAGGGGAGAUCAACGUCCUCGUCAAGGUGGAGCUCUUCAAUGAUCUGAACCGCUUCAGACAGUCCUCCUGCGGGGUUAAGUUCUUCUGCACCACAGCUAUUCCACGAUGCUACCGAGUGUCAAUGGUGCACGGCUUUGUGGAGGAACUUGUAGUGAAUGAAGAUCCAGAAUACCAGUGGAUCGACCGUAUCAGAACUCCUCGCGCCUCCAAUGAGGCUCGUCAGAGGCUCAUCUCUCUUAUGUCUGGAGAGCUGCAGAGGAAGAUAGGGCUCAAGGUACUGGAGAUGGGCGGGAAUGCAGUAGUGGGCUACUUGCAGUGUUUCGAUCUGGAGGGAGAGUCCGGCCUGGUGGUCCGGGCCAUAGGCACUGGCUGCACACUGGACAAAGUCAGCACUGGAAGUGCCCCGAACACCAACACACACGUGCACCCAAGCACAGCCCCUGCUUCCAAUGCCUGCAAUUCCCCUUCUAAGGAUGGAAAGGAGCCGGUAUUUGCUGAGGAUCUGCCCUCGUUCUCCGGCCCGCCUACCCCUUUCAGAGCCCUCCCCACCUCCUCCUCCUCUCCUCCCCCCUUCUCUCCAUCCAAGCCAUGCAGCCGCCAGUCCUCAUCAUCAGACACAGACCUCAGUUUGACGCCCAAGACGGGUAUGGGCAGCGCCGGGAAGGAGGCGGGGCCUCUUAAGACCCUUCUCAGACAACAGACGCAGACAGCUCUUGAACAGAGGCAGGAGUUCCCAUUCUUCACUUUGACAUCUUUCCCACCCGGUUUUCUGGUCCAUGUCGGCGGAGUGGUCAGCGCUCGCUCUGUCAAACUACUCGACCGAAUACACAACCCCGAUGAGCCAGAGACUCGAGACGCCUGGUGGGAGGAGAUUCGCCAAGAGAUCAAAUCUCAUGCCAAAGCUCUUGGUUGCCAUGCGGUCGUGGGAUACAGCGAGCGCACUAGCAUUUGUGAGGAGGUGUGUAUCCUGUCAGCAUCAGGCACAGCAGCCAUCCUGAAUCCUAGAUACAUGCGUGAAGGCUGCCUCGACACCGGAAACACCGGAAACACCGAACCCAGGUUUGAUGAACCUUCUCCACCGAGCUGUGGUUUCUGUCACAUCCCAUAUGACGAGCUCAACAUGCCAUUUCCUGCCCAGCUCACAUACUGUUACGGCUGCAGACGGCAAAAGGUUCCUGAUGUGCUUUUCACCACAAUCGACAUGCCAUCUGAAGCAGCUGUCACAGGGAAGGGCUGCCUCAUCCAGGCCAGACUGUGUCGCUUGAAGAAGAAAGCCCAGGGUGAAGUGAAUGCGACGGCCAUCUCCAACCUGCUGCCUUUUAUGGAAUACGAGUUGCACACUCAGCUGAUGAACAAACUGAAGCUGCGGAGCAUGAACGCUCUUUUUGGCCUACACAUACAGAUCAGUGUCGGCGAGAACAUGCUCCUGGGUCUGGCUUCUGCUACAGGAGUGUACCUCACAGCUUUGCCGGCACCGGGGGGAGUUCAGAUUGCAGGGAAGACCCCUGGCGACAUGAGCAAUGAGCACCACAUCCUCACCAUCCAGAAAAGGAUCAACGACACUAUCGCCAAGAAUAAAGAGCUUUAUCAAAUUAACCCUCCGAAAUUAUUUGCCCUGGACCCUGAAGUGUUCGGCGGCAUAAACAUGGAACUGACAGAGGAAGUGGUGGGUUCUCCGAUCCCAGAGCCGAGGCAACGAUCUAGACUUUUUCGCUCGCACUCGGAGAGCUCAGAUGAACUGUCAGAACUGGACCUCUCCCAUGGCAAGAAGGAUGCCUUUGUCCUGGAGAUUGAUGACACUGAUGCUGUGGAGGACAUCCACUCCCUCCUCACUGAUGCCAGUCCCCCGUCAGGUUUCUACAGCUGCAACACUGAGAUCAUGCCUGGGAUUUUUAACUGGACUUCAGGAGUGCAGAUGUUUACAUCAGUGAGGGUCUUUAGGUUGAGUAAUGCCAAUCUCACUAACCAAGGCUUGAACAAGAUCUUCACUGACCUAUGUGAGAAUCUGCUAAAGAGUUUUUACUUCAAGUUGCGCUCCAUGAUCCCCUGCUGUCUCUGUCAUCUCAACUUCACUGUGGCAGUGCCAGAAGAAGAACUCAUACAGGUCUCAGUGACGGCAGUUGCCAUGACGUUCGACAGGGAACAGAUGUUGGAGAAGCCAGCAGACAAGACUAUUACCAAAGGAUGCAUCGAGGGAGAAGAGCAGCUCCAGUUUCCAAUGGAGUUGUGCGUAGACUCAUCGGGCGUCAGCCAUCAGCCAUUAUCCAAAAUCACAGGUGUCGUGGAGAGCACCAACGUCUCACCCCGAGCUGCCUCCGUUGAUUACGGUUCCUUUGCAGACAGAUGCAGCACCUGGCUAGAGCUGAUUAGGCUGAAAGCUCACACCAUAAGACGAGGAUCAAUUAAGACAAUCUCGUCUUUGGAGCGCAGCAGUCCGCUGCCUGAGGGACGCUCCCGCUCGCUGCGCUCCAACCGCUCAUUUGGAGGCAGCUCGGUCACCGUGGUGAAGAUGACGCCGCUCUCCUUCCUCCCCGGGACACGCAUCAUUAAAUAUCUUGGGAUCAUCAACAUGUUUUUUAUCAGAGAGACGACGUCAUUACGGGAGGAAGGUGGUGUUAGUGGCUUCCUGCACACUUUCAUAGCGGAGGUGUUUGCGAUGGUUCGAGCUCAUGUUGCAGCCCUGGGAGGUAACGCAGUCGUGUCCUACAGCAUGAAAGAGUGUGUGCUGAUGGAAAAUCCAAACAAGAACCAGGCUCAGUGCCUCAUCAAUGUUAGUGGCGAUGCCGUCAUCUGUGUCAUUGAAACGGACCAGGAGCCCAUGCCCUCAGCAGUAGGUACCAGACAGACCUGUAGUAGCGGAGCUGAUGGGACUACAUGACAAUGAAACGCUGCGCCUCCCUAAGUCUGCAGGACGCACAAUCUGAGUGAACACGACGUCCAAAUGAGUCCCUUAUGUCUGCCUUAAAUCUCUGUACAACAUCCAGGGUCUGGCCACCAGUAACAAAGAGCAAGUAUUCACACACUCCAAAACAUCCAGCCUGUAUUAAAAAAGGAGUGUAGGAUAUUUCUCCUCAUGUUUGAUUUGUUUAAAGAGACCAUUUGUACAGGCGAUCAGAGAGUAUUUCAAAACCUUUUGGUUAAUCAUCAGCCAAAGGACCCCUCUGCAUCCAAUUUCCACCCAUGUAUUACAGCCGUCCAUAUGGCCCACAGCUACAGUAUAUCGGCCCAUUUCUUCUUUCUGUGUGUCGCACGAGUGACAUGAGAGGCAGCUAGGAGUAAUCUGUCCGUCCUCAGAUCGCAGGAGUCGAGAAAUGGACUUGCCAAAAGGGACACAGUUGUAAACCAUCCAAAUGAAUAAAACACAGUCAGCCUCUCCCACAGUGUUAGACUCUGUCUCAAGUGACGUGCAGAUCAGGAACCCAUCUAUCUGUCCAUUACUAAACUGACAGAUUAAGGCUAUGUCCGGCAAAACAAGUAUUUCAAUUUAAAACGAUGGAAAAUAAAACUGCCUGGGAUAUACAUUUUCAGCUAAUGUCCAAACAAUGAAGGUAAACCUGCAGUUUGGAUGUCUAAAUUAGGUUUAUGUCCAAAUCUGAUUUUGUAUGGAUUUUUAAGAUGGAUAUUCUCUGUGACAGUGUCUGUUGUCAGUCCAAAUUUCUUUAGAAAGUGUCAAAUAACAAAGCCACAACCUUAUUUUCUAUUUCUGGUUUCAAACGAGCCAUGAUUACAGGCAUAAUGUGCACAUAUUUUUGUAACGUGAAAAUCUUCCUUUUACAACAGCCAUUAUAAAGAAUUGUACUCACUGUUUGAUAAAUAAAAACAGGUUGUGUUGCUGAAAAGCUAAUGGCAUUAUGUAUAUGCACUUACAUGUGGGAGACGGUUAUAAAUGAAGCAGACCUGCAGCCUUAGACACAUACUGUGGCCCCUUGGAGUCGAGCAAUGGCAUUUCAUAGAAUAAAGUCAUAAAUCAUUUGGACUGAAUUACAUCUGUCACUCUGUGUCAAAUUUUACAUCCUUUACCGAGACCUGAUGCUUUGGCAUUCCCAAGUCCCAAAUAGUCCUGCUACUGAUCUGUUCUCCGACAUUCAUGUCCAAUGCUGGAAAACAAAGCAUCUCCUUGUGUGGGUGCCACCUGAAAAUAAACUGUGUACAUGUUCUCUAAAAUCAGAUUUUAGUAUUUUUGUAACAUAAGACUAAAGACACCAACUGCUCUCUUUGCUUGUGCAAUGCUGUUUUGAAUCACAGUGUCAGAGAAUUAGUGGUACUCUAAUCUGUUUGUGUGAUCAGCAGUUUGUGACCAGCUUCUCAUUUUUGUGUCGAAAACUUGAAUGUACAUAUUUUGGAUGCUUUUGUUUUCUGACAAGCAGCAAGCAGACCCACCUUUUAUUGCCAUGAAUCUGUAUGCUCGCCUGGUAUGUCUUACACAAUAAAGUCAGUCGAACCGA